GGGCACUGUACCCCAGGUUGGAAGGCCGCGGAGACGGCCGAUGAACGGUGGGUACCCUUUUUGGCUCAAAUGUGAAGCCGACGACCCGAAAGAACUCGCCCGGCAACCACGACGACGCCGUGAUGCUAAUUCGAUCUCAGCUUGUGCAACUUGCAGAGCUCGGAAAGUCAAAUGCGAUGAGCGACCGAAGAUCUGUUUGAAUUGCGAGAAACUAUCGUUGACAUGCGUGCAACAUGGUAGCGACCAACCGUUGGAGAGCCCCAUCACGCCCCGUGCGAUCACAGGUAUUAAGCGCAAGCGGACAUUCCGAGUCUGCAUCCCUUGUCGCCAGAGUAAGAUCAAAUGCACAGGAGAAAGACCAAUAUGUUCAAGAUGUAGACAGAAGUCUCUUGCCUGUGCCUACGAUGCGGACGCUGCUGAGCCGGCUUGGGUACAUGCUGUGACCCCGGUGUCUCAUCAACACCCAGACACUCCAAGCGUUUCACCGCCUCGACAUGCAAGCAGUGCCCCUUCUCUGGGCCCGCAAGGAGAAUACCCUGCCUCGCUAUCAUGGCUUUUCGCGAGAGAACUGCCUCCAAGAUCUCAGCUACAUCAACUUCUGGACGCGUACUUCAACAAUGUGCACCCAAUCCGUGUGUUCGCGUUUGUACACAAACCUUCGUUUAUGAGGAUGCUUGAUGAAAGCCUCGUUAUCGACAGCGCAAACCGUGCGCUUCUGCACAUUAUGUGCGCACACGCGGCAAAGUUCUACGUACUCGAAUACAGCGAAUCCACCUCGCAUCUUCCCCGGGAAGUGAUCCAGGCAGCAGGUAGCCAGUGGGCAAAGAUCGCGGAAGAGAUGUACUUCUCCGAAUACAGUACUAUUUCCGUUGUGAAGCUGAAGGUACUUGUAUUGCUUCAUGACCAUGAAGCGCGGCUCGGCAACUAUGCAGGAUCAUUCCUUCUUACUGGCUUGAUCGUACGUAUGGCGCACGCUCUCCAGAUUCAUGUGGAAUCAGAAGAACAACCGGGUGUCACCAACGAUGUAUCGCUACGAGAGUCGAGACGAAGGCUGAUGUGGGCCUGCUAUAUGGUCGAUGUCUGGGCUGGCAGCGGUGUUGACCAACUAACUAUUCUGAAUGAGAGGGACAUCAAGCUUCAGCUACCUUGCAAUGAGAGGCAAUUUCUCCUGCAGAUUCCACAUGUCACCGAAACGUUACGUCCGGGCGAAGUCCUGGACCCCACAUCAACAGAAGUCAUUCCCGGUCAACCUUGGGAAAAUAUGGGCAUGAGUGCAUACUUUGUAAGGAUCGCGUACAUAUGGAAGCGAGUGCUCCGGUACAUCAAACAUUUGGAUGCAGUACACCCGCCUUGGGUACCGAAUGGGGAGUUUGAGGCUCUCAAUAGAGAGAUUGAAGAGUGGAAAUACAGUCACCCACAAUGGAUGUCGUUCUCCUCGGAUAAUAUCUACAUCCGUAGAGAGUCUUCCCAGCUAGGCGCACUCUUCAUCAUCCAUUGCAUGUAUCACCAUGUGCUGUGCGACCUGCACCGGAUAGCAUUGCCGAACCUCUUUAAGAUGCGGGAACCUUUCGAAUUCCCUCCGGAACAGUUCGGGUUUAUGGCCAAGCUGCAGAUAACGUGCUUUGAGAACGCGCAAAGAGUGUCGGUCCUUACUUCGACCAUUUUGCAGCACGGCGUCAAAUACCUCGCCGAUCCCAUUUUGCCAUCUUUUGUCUACAAUAGCAGUCGUAUAAUGUUAUACUACAUUGCACGCAUUCUCGACCGUUCGAAGCACGAUGCAGAAACUACAACCACACGUACACUUGAGCUAGUGGAACUCAACAACCGCGCUCUCCGGGCUAUGAGCCAAAUGUAUCCGCUUGCGGAACCUCUCUACGUCACGACCGAACGAUGGCUCGAUAAGGUGCGCGAAAGUAUCGCGAGAGGUGCUCCAUUAGAUCCAUACAUACCACCACAGGACCCUGUCGACCCACAUGCAGAGGCCAGACCAACUCCAAGUAUCUGCAGUCCACCAACCCAGGAUCCCAUGCGGACUGCCGAAACAUCACAUUUACCAGUCACACGAAUGGUACAACGACCUAUCAACGAUCACUUGAACCCUAUGCUCAAUGCUUCGACCCCCCCACCGCCAACGACGAACGAAUUUGCUACUACAAAUACAUACCCUUAUUCCAUCGCAACGUCUUCGGGGCCUAUAGCUUUAGAUCCGGAAGUGAUGCAAGACAUUGCGCCGCCGCAGACGGAUCAGAUAGGCAGCGUAUAUUAUCCGGGUAUGGAGAACAUCGAGCAGCCAAUGUUUGAUCUGAACGAUCUGCAAAAUUUCUUCGAAUGGGAGAACAGUGAGAACGGGCCACCUCCAACGGGAGUCGACGGCUUGGGACCUUUGGGGUGGAACAAUUUGUCGAGCAUGCAGUAAGACGAUACCUAUUUAAUGCGCGACUUCCGACCUUUCUUGGUACUAUCCAUCCGACUGCAUAUGAAGCGGGGUUUUGAUGCGGAAUUUUGCCUGAUGGGCUUUGAUGAAUUGAUAGAACAUUGAUGGCGAGCCGGCGUUGCAGCAUGAGUGAUUGCCUGACCAAGGCCAAGUUUAGGGUAGGCGCACCUUUGUUCGUAGAGAAAGGUUUCUGUAUGACUUCUAUGAUAGGGAUAAUGUCAAUGGAUCCGAGAAACAAC